CGGUGCGCAUGGGCCUUCCACCGACGUGGCGAGCGGACCUUGCAGCGCAGAUCAAGGCGCUUCGGAAAGCGCCCGUCCAAGGGCUGCUGCAGUUCUUGUCGGAUGGCAUCCAAGAGGUGAUCAUGGCGCGACCUCAUGACCCGUUCAACUACAUGGCCGAGUACCUUCGUUUAGCAGUACGUCGCUCUCUACAAGUGGCACGGCAGGCAAAUCGCGGUCAGGCGAUGCUAAUCGAUGAGCCCGACGAAGUGACGCUGUCGCGGGAGCUGCACAAGAAGCAAAUCAGCCUCGGACGCAUGCGCAACGAUCUCUCGCGACUCCGAGCACGACGACUGCAGGCGCUCCGCACGUGCUUGGACCUCGAGGCGACCUUGCUCGUGACCGACUCGAUCUUGACGGACGCAGACAGAGCCUUCUUCGCCCCGGAGCCGCGCUGGCUGCAGGACCAUUGGUGCCCGCACAUGGACAUCCUCGACACGAUUGCACCUCCACCUACCAUCGGCGCAUUUCCAUCCCUCGAGUCGGGCAAUACCCGCGCCAUUUUCGAGAGCUUUGUGCCCGAGUGUCUGCAAGCUAUUGUCGAGCUGCGGAAAGCUCAGUCGGACGAUCCGAUCCGAUGGCUCAUUGCUUAUUUCGACGCCAAGUCGCCGCAGGCACAGCAGCGAGCGCAGUUCGUCGAGCAGCUAAGAGUCGUGCUCGGACAGUACCGAGUCUACUACGAGCGCAUGAAGGUGCUGCCGCCCCAAGCCGAAAUCGACGCCAACCGCGCGAGUUGCCAGCGGGACGAUCUCCAGGCGCAGCUCUCGGAGCGGACGCGCCUCGUGACGCACAUAUCCGUCUCCAAGAUGGGCCCCCGGACGCAACCCCGAAUGUCCGGGAAGCCCGUCGUUUUGAACCACGCAAAGCUGUGGGUCCCCCCCGAGAACAUCGAGCCCAUCGACGACUACACCCCUUUUCAACUGCAAGCGCUCCAUCGCGCCGAGCGGCUCGUCAUGGAAGCCGACGAAGUGCGGUACAAGGCGAUCCUGCGCUUCGACUUGGAGUACUUCUCGGCGCGGCGCAUCGCCUCGAUGUUCCGCUGCCACCGCGCGUACGCCAAGUUCCAGAUCCUCACUGCACGCCGGCACGCCGCGGCCGCGACGAUUCAGUGCGUCUACGAGGCGUAUUUGUACAGAAAGGCCGUGCAACUGCCCUCGUGGUGCGUCCUCGGACAGCAAGUCAUGGUGGCGAUGGUCCUUGCCCGGCGCGCGGCCAUUUGGUUUGACUUUUACCAAGGACGGGACUUUGCCGCCGGCAACUUCGCGACGGACGCCACCAAGUCGCUCGACGAGCUCAAAUCCCAGUGCCGUCAGGACGACAAGUGCGCGGCGUUCGCCUCGGACGGGUCCCUGAAGCGGUUCGUGCCGCGCCAACUCUCGCAGCUGCAGCCCUUUACCAAUCUGCGCAAGGGUGCCACGACAUUGGCUCCCACCGACGGGCUUUACAUCAAGCGGCUGCCUCGAUGCGACGCGGACGUGAUUUCGAGUGCCAUCGUCACGAGUGUGCCCUACAACAAGUUUGGGACCGUCGAAGUCGUCUAUGACGGCACCGGCGUCAUCGAAACGGUGCCCGUGCAGAAGCUCUCGCGCCGCUUUGUGCACGAGUAUGACUUUGCCUCGGACACGUGGCACUACGUGGAUCAAGUGUCGAAAGCGCAACAGGCGACUGCCCCCGAGCCGUUCGCCGAAGCGACCGAGCGCCAAGCCAUUAUCGACGAGCGCAAGCGGCUGCAUGCGCGGGCCAGAGACGAAGCGUACAAGCGCAAGGUCGAAGCGAGCGCCGUCAAGCUCCAAUGCGCGUUUCGAAGCAAACGCGCACGGGCCAAGCUUCGCCAUCUCUUGGAGGUUCGCCUCAAGGAGCUCGAGCACCAAGCGGUCGUCGACGCGGCCGCCGCCAAAGUGGCCGAGAAGACGAGAAAGCGCUGGCGGCGCUGGUUUCGGUGGUGGAACUAGGAGCUUCGAGUGCAUUUAUAUCCAGAAGAAUGCAGUCGUCUCUAAAGGGCAACCUUGGGAC